CACGUUUCCUGUCAAAUCAGCUGUGUGUCAACCCGCAGUGGCGUUAGCUUCGUGCUAAAGCUAACAUCAUUUUGUGUCAUGGUGUUUUAGGCAUUAAGAAUCGUGUCAGCAUAAGGAGUUUAACUAUAUAUAAAGGCAAACUUGUGUGCUAACGUAGCAUGUCCAUUCAUUGCCUGUACUUUUAUUGAUUAGGUAAAAUGUGUUAAUUUUCCUGCUACCUGAGACAGCAUGCUAACCUUGAUACCCAAACUUGGGUAAAUGUUUAGAUAAAUUGUAAUGUUAAAACGAACAAAAGGGACAAAUACUUUGUGUAUGAGGUGUCAGCCAAAGGAUCUGUGUCUGUGUAUUGAGAGUGAAACACUUGUUGUUAGAGGUCUGGUUAUUUGAGGGAGGACAUGUCACUUGAGUUCUAAAUAGUUUUACAUUCUGUUGUGUUGAUGGUACUCCCUGUAAUGUCACACAUGAGUUAUUUUGUGUGUCCAAUAAUGGCUCUGGGUGUGGACUGCCCAAACUGGAAUGGCUGGAGUCUUUGACAUUGACCUGGAGACUGAAGAUAUCAGUGAUGCAGAGGAUGAAGUAUGUGACUUCACAGUGCCAGAACCAGAAAAUGUCCAGACAGAGGAAGUGGAGCUGACCAGUGAGAGUGUUAACAGAGACAGUGAGAGAGUUGGCCCUGACUGCUUUGAGCUGCUCAGGGUGCUGGGAAAAGGGGCAUAUGGCAAGGUAUUUCAAGUGCGCAAAGUUCAAGGCCCCCAGACUGGAAAAAUAUUUGCUAUGAAAGUCCUGAAAAAGGCAAAGAUUGUCUGCAAUGCUAAAGACACAGCCCACACUCGAGCAGAGCGAGAGAUUCUGGAGACCGUGAGGCAUCCGUUUAUUGUGGAUUUACUUUAUGCUUUUCAGACUGGAGGAAAGCUCUACCUCAUCCUGGAGUGUUUGAUUGGUGGUGAACUAUUCAUGCAGCUGGAGAAGGAGGGCAUCUUCAUGGAGGACACGGCUUGUUUUUAUCUUGGAGAAAUCACGCUGGCUCUGGGUCACCUUCACUCCAAUGGGAUAAUCUACCGCGACCUGAAACCUGAAAACAUCAUGCUCAACCACCAAGGGCACAUAAAGCUGACUGACUUCGGCCUCUGUAAAGAGUCCAUUCACGAUGGCAGUGUCACUCACACCUUCUGUGGGACCAUCGAGUACAUGGCUCCAGAGAUCUUGACCAGGUCGGGCCACAACAGAGCUGUGGACUGGUGGAGCCUGGGCGCCUUGAUGUACGACAUGAUGACUGGAUCGCCUCCUUUCACAGCUGAAAACAGGAAGAAAACCAUAGAUAAGAUCCUGAAGUGUAAGAUCAACCUGCCCCCUUAUCUGACCAUCGACGCACGGGACCUCAUCAAAAAGCUUUUGAAGAAGAGUCCGGCCCAGAGGCUUGGCUCCAGUAAAGCAGAUUGUGCUGAUAUUCAGAAACAUCCUUUCUUCAAACACAUCAACUGGGACGACCUGCUCAGCAAGAGAGUGGAGCCCCCCUACAAGCCACAACUGCACUCAGAGGAGGACGUGAGUCAGUUCGACACCAGGUUCACUCGACAGACUCCAGUGGACAGUCCAGACGACACCACUCUGAGCCACAGCGCUGAGCUCGCCUUCGCUGGCUUCACGUAUGUGGCUCCUUCUGUGUUGGAGAGUCUGAAGGAGGGAUUCUCAUUUGAACCAAAACCUCGAACGAUGCGCCGAUGUAACAGCAGCCCACGCACACCCAUAAGCCCUCAAUUUUCCGCAGGCGGUCCGUUCAAAUCAAACAUGUACGGAGAACCAGACCUGUUCUCUCCUGUCUCUCCUCCCACUUGUCCUGCCCCCACGCCACUGGAGAACGGAUGCGCCAGUCAACCAAUCAAAGCGCCCGCCCGCAACAAGAAGCAGAAAGGGCACCGCAGAUGAGCGCCAGGUGUUGGAACAUGGCUUUGAAUAUAUUUACAGUUUUGGGGGCACUUUGAGACAUAAGCUGGCUCAUUUAAGUGCCAAAUUUAGUCACAAGAGCAUUUGAACUAACUCCCAAUAUUAAAGAGACCACAUUACGCUAUUAUCUGAUCUCAGUUCCCAUGUCAAACACAUACCCAGAGUUGUGUUUUGUUUCAUUCACACAAACCCUGCAUUUUUAGGCUAAGUGCUCAAACAGAAAACACUCUGUUCCAACUUGUGAUGUCACAUGAAACAGAACACAACUUUGGGUAUGUUUUUGAUGAGGUAAGAACAUUCUAACAUGACUUAAAGCUCACAAGAGUCCAUUUUGGAUACUGUAAUAAAUGUGUAUAAAUAAUAAUAAUAAUGCAUCAGUUUUAUACAGCCCUUUUUUGCACUCUUUACAGAGCAUUAUUCAUUCAAUCCAUACAGGAAUACAAUUAUUGGAGUAAGGCAAGUAACAAGGCUUGCUCAAAUGAAACUGUUGAUAUUCAAAAUUGUGACUGUGUUAUUUUCUUACCUAUUCAGAAAAGUCAAUAUAUUUUUAAUAUUCAAAUUCAGUUUUCAGUUCUUUUUUUUUUUUUUUUUUUGACAAUUCAGGAAACCAUAAUGAUUACUAAUUCUUCGUAAUUCGUAAAUAAAUACAAAUCUCAGGUAUACAAGUUUCCUUUAACAUUAAUCAAUAAUUAUACAGGAUAACGUUUCCUUGUUGCUUAAUAUUGGUGAGUUUUUCUAAAAUCUUGUGCUAUAAGACUUUCUGAACACGAUGAAGAUGAAUAACCAUUUUGUACAUUGAUAUCUGAUUACAAAAUGUGAAUGCAUGGAUCUAAAGUGUUUUGGCUUUAUUUUCUAUAGUCUCUAGUUUAGUGAAUUGAGGUUUGGGAGUUAUAAUGGGAUUAAUAUUAAAACUGCCUCAAGUUUGUGUAACAUGAUAAGGGAAAAAUUCAGAAGUACUCCAUGAAUUGUAGUGUUUGAUCAAUGAAAUGCAAGACUGCGCUUACACCAUUUUUCACUAGUUAUUUUUUUCAUAUUUUAGUGGAGUGUUAUAAUCUAAACCCAAAUAAAGUAAAAUAUCUGCAAAUGAAGGAAGAAAAUAUUCCAAAAUUCGCUUGCAGAAAUUUGUGCAUUUAUUAAAGCAAAAAUGAUUGAAACAGUACAAUGUAUAAAACAACAACUACUCAAACCAAGGUUGAAUCAGGUUAACUAAUGUUGUUAUCCAAUAAUUAUUUUUGCUGUGUAUGAAUUGUAUUUAUUGCCAAACUAAACCUAUAUUCUGAAUAGUUUAUGAUAACAGUAACUGAGCCCACUCCACGGUGUGCCUCUCUGGGAUUCUUUUCUCCUGAUGCCAAAGCUCAUUUAAACAUAAUGACAAAAUCAAUGUCGUCUUGUGAAAAUAUAGUCUACUUAUUUCAUUAUAGAGACUUUAUGAGGGCUAUAGAAACAAUCAGCCUUUAUAUAAGAAUGAUAAUGUGAUUAAGAUAAGUAGUUAUCAUUGAGACCGUAAAUAUUAUUAGGAUUGUAAAGCUCUUUUUGGCUCUCACAGGCUGCCGUAGUGUGACAAUGUAGGAUGUUUCAUUGCAUUUGUUGUUGUGUGUGUUGAGUGAUCAUUUGCAUAAUGUUUGAAGGAUGCUGAAUGUGUUCCUUUGGUCAAAAUAAGAAUGCAAUUUAACGUUUUCCACAUGCUUAUUUCCAUUGAGAUGUUAUUACUUUGCCUGAAAUGUCCCACAGUAUGGCAUUAAUUCAUCUUGCACUUAUUCAGUUUCAAGUGUUUUUGAUUGUUCCAAAAUACCCAUUCUUACUGUGAGUGAGCUCGCCUCAGCGAAUCUAACCUGUACGUUUAAUGCCAGACUGUGGAACAUUCCAGGUAAGCCCAUAACAUCCAUGGAGACAAGCAGGUGACGGACCUUCCAUCAACAAAGCUACAGUACAACUUUUAAACGCAAAGACGAUGGCAAAACAGUUAUGGUUGGGUAUUUUGAGCCGAAGUAAACUAUAGGAAUAAUACAAUAUGGGGGUGUAUGUAUGAUUUAAUUUUUUGUUUGAAUUUCUGUAUUUAUUUUAACCAUUAUGUAAACUACUUGGCAAUUUUGUCAUAACUCCUAUCAGGACACUGGGCUUUUUCCAUUGAUUGUCACUGGCACAUAUCACUAUUUGUUUUUGCAAAGGCAGAUUCUGUUUUGGAAAUGCAACAGUUUAAAACCGUCAAAAGUUUGUCGAUUUUAUUUAUAGACAUAUAUAGUGAUAAUAUUUUAUUUAACUAUUAAUAGGUUUUACUUUUCUCUUUUUUUCUGUUACAUUGUUUUAUGACUUCAAAUAAAUAUGUAUAUGUACAUAUA